AUGAGCUUCGAGCGCGCGGGCGCCGGCUGGCGCUACGUGCGCGUGGGGCGCUGGCGCCACGGGGAGCUGCAGCUGCGCGGGGGCGCGGACGCGGCGUACCGGCGCGCGCGCGGCGUGCCGGCGGCGUGCUCGGCGCCGUGCGGCGCGGGGCAGUGGGCGCGCGCGGGGGAGGGGCGCGCGCGCUGCUGCUGGACGUGCGAAUCGUGCGCGCCGCUCGCCGUCACCGUGCCGCCACCGACGCCCGGCUGCCGGCUGUGUCCGACGGGGCACCGGCCCGACCAAGAUCGCACCAGAUGUUUGCCGUCGGAGGUGGAGUGGGGCGGCGGGGGCCGCGGGCCGCGCACCGUAGCCGCUGUGGCAGGCGUCUCCGGGCUGGCCGCGGUCGCCACGUGUGCGGUGACGUUCUGGCGCUACCGAGCGACGCCGGUCGUCAAGUCGGCGUCCCGCGAGCUGUGCGCGUUGCUGCUGUGCGCGGCGGCGGUGUGCCACGGCGCGGCGCUCGCUGCGGUCAUGCGCCCAGCUCCGCUGCCGUGCGCACUGGUGCGUCUGGCGGCUCCUGCUCUCGCAGGCGUGUACGCGGCUGUGCUGGCGAGGACAGUGCGAGUGGCCCGGCUGGUGGCGGCCUGCGAGCGGCGGCCAGCAUCUCGGCCGCGACUGCUGUCGUCGCGCGCACAGGUGUGCGCCUGGAUAGCACUAAGCGCGCCGGGUGCAUGCACCGCGGUGUGGAGCGCGGUGCACUGGCCGGCCUCACCGCGCCUGCUGCACCCGGGGCGCGCGCGCUCCGUGCUCGCGUGCGGCGGUGAGCACGCUGUGGCGCAACUGUCGCCGUUGGUGCCGGCGCUGGUGCUGCUGGCCACGUGCGUGGUGCUGGCUGUGCACACGCGCCACCUGCCGCACAACUUGAACGAGACUCGGUUCGUGGGCGCGGCAGCGUACGCGACGUGCGUCAUGUGGGUGGCGUUCGUGCCGCUGUACGCGGCGAGCGCGGCGCGCACGGCCACGCUGUGCGCGUGCGUGUCGCUGUCGGCGGGCGCGUGCGUGGCGCUGGCGCUGGGCCCGCGCGCCUGGGUGUGCGCGUGCCGGCCGGCGCGCAACACGCGCGCGCACUUCCUCACCGCCACCUCCAUCCGCUGCCACGUGGGCAAGUACCGCGCGGCGCGGGGGUCGGAGCGCAGGGAGGCGCGGCGCGACGCGGCCUACUAG